AUGGCUUCCAGCGGAGACUGGAGUACUCCAUGGGAGGUUGAUGUUGCAGUGGAAAGCUAUUUUGAUAAAGAUUUAAAGGAAAUGCCCUUAACUGCAGUACAGGUGAGCACCAUGGCAGUUUUGGCUUGUGUCUCUCCUUGGAAAGCAAGCAACUACAGAAGCGAAAGGGAGCAAAACCCCGGGACGUCGGGAGGGUCGGGUUUUUCCACGGGGCCAGGUUCUCACAGCGGCUUCCUUAAACCACCAGACCGCGCCGAUGGCAAAGGCAAACGCGGGGCAUUCCCACGCACCGGGCAGACGGGUGUGUGCCCAGGGAUGGAGGCGGCGGGAGAGGCGGUGCGGAGCCCUCCUCCUCCUCCUCUUCCUCCUCCUCCUCCCGGCGGGAUCCGCCGCUUCGGCCACCUCCAGCACAGCCCAGACCCGUUCUUCUGCCUGCGGGCGGGAGGCUUCCCCUCCUCGCCGCUCCCCGGAGGGGUCGUGCACAGCGCCGGAGCGCCCGUCCACAUCCCGGCGGCCGGCGGCAGCAAGCCGGUGCUGCAGUGCCGCGUCCUUCUCCUGGACGGCACCGAAGUCAACGUGGAGCUGCCGAAAAAUGCAAAGGGACAGGAGUUAUUUGACCAGAUUGUGUAUCAUUUGGACCUUGUAGAAACAGAUUACUUUGGCCUGCAAUUCAUGGAUGCUUCCCAAAUUACACACUGGUUGGACCAUUCAAAAUUCAUUAAGAAGCAAAUAAAAAUUGGACCUCCGUACACGUUGCAUUUUCGAAUUAAGUACUAUUCGUCAGAACCGAACAACCUUCACGAAGAGUUUACAAGGUACCUGUUUGUAUUGCAGCUCCGGCAAGACAUUCUUUCAGGGAAACUGAAAUGCCCAUAUGAAACUGCUGUUGAACUAGCAGCUCUGUGUCUUCAAGCUGAGUUGGGAGAGUGUGAGCACCCUGAGCACACACCAGAGCUUGUGUCUGAAUUCAGGUUUGCACCAAACCAGACUGAAGCAAUGGAAUUUGACAUUUUUCAGAAAUGGAAGGAGUGCAGGGGAAAGAGCCCGGCGCAGGCUGAACUGUGCUACUUGAACAAAGCUAAAUGGCUAGAAAUGUACGGUGUAGAUAUGCAUGUGGUUAAGGGAAGAGAUGGUUGUGAAUAUGCUCUUGGACUGACACCAACAGGCAUAUUGAUCUUUGAAGGAGCCAACAAAAUAGGCUUAUUCUUUUGGCCUAAAAUCACAAAAAUGGACUUUAAAAAGAGCAAACUAACGCUCGUGGUUGUAGAAGAUGAUGAACAGGGCAGAGAGCAAGAGCACACAUUUGUUUUCCGGUUAGACAGUGCCAAAACGUGCAAACAUUUGUGGAAGUGUGCGGUGGAGCACCACGCUUUCUUCAGAUUGAGAGCCCCAGCAAAUAGUAAAUCUAGCAGAUCCGACUUCAUAAGGCUGGGAUCACGCUUCAGAUUCAGUGGGAGGACAGAAUAUCAAGCAACACACGGGACAAGAUUACGUAGGACUAGUACAUUUGAAAGAAGGCCCAGCAAGAGAUACCCUUCUCGGAGGCAUUCCACUUACAAGGCAAACAAUCCUGUGAAAGCAGCACAACUGUGUGCUAAAAAUACUCCUGAAGUCCAUAACUAUCAGCCACAGUAUCAUCCUAAUAUACAUCCUGCUCAGCCACUCUGGCAUCCACACACACCUGUGAAUGUAAGCUACCCGCUGAACAACAGCGACCUGCACCCGUUCAGCAUCGAGGAGAACGGCGGGACUCCGUACACGGCGAAAAUGGCAGCGAGGCACCACCACCACCACCGGCACCACCACCACCACGCCGGCUACGGCCUCGCUCCCGACGGCAAGGACCUGCUCUCUGCAGUGCCAAACCCAAUUCCCAACCCAGCCAAACUGAGCUCAGGACUUCCCCUUCUUUAUGAUGAAACUUCUCAUCUGAAGAAAAUAGAAACGGAGAGUGUGAAGGUAGUUGGACCAUGGCCAGCCCUGCACGUCAGCAUGAACAAGGCUGAAGACAAGAAGGUACCAGAAAAGACUCUCCACGCCCCUGUGUCGCCUUCAUCUGUACCUGACCAUUUGAAGUGCAACAUCCUCAAAGCUCAAGUGGAAGCUGCUUUUAGAGUGGGUGCCCAGGCUGUGAAAGAAGAAACCACUUUUGUAAAUCCCAGUAAGACCUCCAGUCUGCAGGACCCUAAUGUAAGAAGCCCAGCUCCAGUGAGAGCCGAAGCUACACCGACAGCUGUCCCUACAGAAAAGCAGGAGGUUAAAGCUCCUCGUGUGAGGAAGUUAACGAGGCAGUACAGUUUUGAUGAAGAUGACCUUCCUCCAGCACUGGCAGCAGCAGCAGCAGCAUCAACACCUGUGUCUUCAGCAUCUCCUGGGUCACAGAAAACGUGUACGCCGCAAACAUCAGAAGGGCAGACACAGGUUUCACCUGGUGGCAAGAGUUCCACAGAUGCUGGGAGUACAUUUGCUUUGGAGCCAGGUGACCUCCUGAUGGAUUUCACAGAGGCCACACCAAUGAUAAAGACAUUCCCUGCUGAUACAUCUAAUCCUUUUUUCGAUCCCUUUACAACAGUACCACAGUUUUCUGCAGAAUUUCCAGAGAGCAAAUUACAAUGCUGUGGGGUGCAGUCAUCUCCUAAGAUUACUCUGGUGUCUCCAUCACCUGUCCUGAGGUCUCUGGCAGACACUAUACCGACUCCAACAGUCCAGACAGUUUAUACGUCGCAUAAGCCCAUUUCGCUGGCAGACAGUGCUGAGACUCUGAGGCGUGAACUCGAGAGGGAGAAAAUGAUGAAAAGACUCUUGAUGACAGAAUUAUGAAACUCUCACUUCCGUCAGAUGGAGAAUGGAUUGGGGCCUUUCAUGUGCCUUCUGUCUGUUUACAUUCCUCUGCUUCUGUGUACUCAACAUAAUGCAUCGGGAAAAUGUGAGAUAUUCCUGGCUCGCCUGGAUUCACCACGGUCAGCUAAAAUUACGUCUUGGCUAGACUUUAACUUGAAGGAGUUCCUUUAUUCAUUUGCUGCUGGGAAAUAAACCUUCAAUCCUUUAUCUCUCCUGAGAUUUUAUACUAUUAACACAAUUAAUUUCUGGUUUGGUUUUGGUAAAUCUAGGGCAAAGAGGAUCAGCAAGGAGCAUACUGAUUUCUAUUGGGAAACACUGUUCUGUACAUAUGUUAAUAAGUGCACAGAAAUUAAUGUUAUGCAGAAUAUUUUGAUAGUAACAUAGAAAAAUAUGUCAUUUUGUACAACUGAAAAUUGCAAUGAGCUACUGCUAUUUGUUAAGAGAACCAUUUUUAAAGCAGAAGAACGAUUAUUACAUCCUAACCCCAGGACUGUUAGUCUCCACAGAAUAAACGGCUGUCUUAUUAAAUUCCUAACCUUAACCUUCACUCAGAGAUAUAAAUAGCUGCAAGGGGGAGAGACACCCCACCAUACAGAUAUACACACCCAAUACUCCCUAUAGCUUGUCACCUUGACCUAAACCUUCAACUGAAUCUUAUCGUGUUUCCAUUAAUGGAUGAAAAAAAUCCGUUGUUUAAAGUAAUUUGCUACUGACUUUCUAGCUUGAUACUGACUUUUUUAAAGUAAGUGAGGAGUUUUACCUUCUCCAGUUUGCCUAGGCUAUAAGGCUAGCCCACGUUCAGACGUCUUCUGCCCCAGCACUGAAGGUUGCAGUGCCUCAGCGGUGUGGACAUAGCUCACAUAGGAGAAUUUUUUCCUUCCUGGGUAAAUAAGCCACCUUCCUGACUGACAUGAAUUGACUGAUCCCUUUCAAGAGCAUAGAACAAUGAUAGUUUAUGGCAUAGCUGUGCCUAUACCCAUAUUUUUAACUGUACUAAUCAGCAUCUAUGUCCCAGCAAACCUGGCUAUACAUCCUGUGCACCCCCAGCACCCAGGCAGCCUCUACAUCCAGUGGAGCUAUCUCAGGCGUGAGGUGGGAUGGGUGGUCCAGCACUAGCAGAGCUGCAGCCACAGGGAGGGAGUUAAUGGUAUACAGGUAAUGCUACCAGCUAUCUCCUAGGGAAAAAACAGGUCUCUGCUUCCCCUUGUUCAAUAGUGCAGGGUCAUCGAGAAAAUGAA